UCUUUUUUCUAACUUCACUAGUCAGUAGUCACUACCCAGUCCAUCUCACCCGUCCCUUCACACAUUUCGUCCUAGUCGGUGUGCAGAAUACUUUAAACUCUCAACUCUGAAUCCUCAAGUGCACAAAAAUGGCGGAUUUCGCAUUUCUAUCAGACACAGACGAAUCUGCAGUUGAACAAAUCCUUGCUGAAGCUAUGGAUCAUUGCGUUCUACAACAAGUUGCCACCAUUAACUGUUCUUCUUUCUCUCAGUCUGUUCUUCCUUCUGAUCUUGAAUCUCGUUUUCAAAGACUUAAAACAUUUCCUUCUUCUCAUCCCUCUAAAUCUCUGCCCAAAUCCCAACUCGCUCCUGAAUCAGCCAAAGAGUCUAACAACUCUUUGAAUAACUCAGCUGAAAAAGAAAAACGCGUUUCUGGAAAUUCCAGGAAGCCCCUAGCAAAAGAAAAAGAAAAGGAUUCGGAAGGAAAUUCUCGUUCUGGGUAUCUCUCUUCUCCUUCUGGGUCAUCGAAUUCUUCAUUUGGGCAGUUAAAUUCCCCCAAAUUAGAGGCUAAAAAAGAUGUUAAAAAGGGUAAGGAUGGAAAAUUUCUGUCUAGGUCUCUCUCAUUUAGCUCUAAUUCUUCUACCUCUUCUUCAACAAAAAAGGCGAAAACUGGUUGUUUUUGGUGCUCUCCCAAACAGGCUUCAAAGAAAAAGAGUUGUACUCAAAAGGGUAUGCUUGAUUUGGAAGAUGAUUGGGGGAAACACGAUGAACUUUUGAGUGAUUUGAAGUCAUUUUCGUUGAAAAAGCAGAAGAAUUUGAUGAAGAUUGCAAAAAGGGAAGAAAUGAAGAUCAAUAAAGAAGCAGAAAAGAUAGUUAAAUGGGCUAAACAAGCUUCUGCAAGAAUGGAGUUUUCUGGGUUUCAUGAUGAUGAUCUUAGUGAUGAUGAUGAUGAUCAUAGUUUUGGUCUCCAUUGAUGUGACCAUGUGAGUUUCUCUUCAAAAUAUACUUCUACUAGUGGUUCAAAUUUACCUUAUUUUCCCCUCAUAUGCAACAAAUACAUACUAUAUAUAGUAAUAGUAAGACCAAGUCAUAGAAACUUUUCUUCUAUAUUUGUUACUUGUUACUAGAAAGCAAAACAUUGUUAUCCAACAUGGUGUAAAAAGCUUGUUAUUAAUAUUAGAAAUUGAGUUUCAUUAUGCAGUAUGCAUAUUGGUUUUGUUCUUU